UCCAAGCAAUACACUCUCUCUCACGAGAUCCAUCCAGCGAAGAAGAAGACGACGAGAGCUUCCAUUUGCGAAAUGAACGGUUCUAGUUCGAAUCUAUGGCUGGCUUCAAAUCCGAGUAAAAGAUGGGGAGAAGUGUUUUUCCUUCUCUAUACUCCAUUCUGGCUUACUCUCUGCCUCGGAAUUGUCGUACCGUAUAAGCUUUAUGAGAAUUUCACAGAAUUGGAAUACUUACUUUUGGGAUUAAUUUCAGCAGUUCCAACUUUCUUGGUACCAAUGGUGUUGGUUGGGAAGGCUGAUAGAAGCUUACCUUGGAAGGACCGUUAUUGGGUGAAGGCCAAUCUGUGGAUACUAAUUUUCAGCUACGUCGGAAAUUACUUUUGGACACAUUAUUUCUUCACAGUUUUGGGUGCGUCAUAUACUUUCCCAUCGUGGAAAAUGAACAAUGUACCACAUACGACUUUCCUGCUCACACAUGUUUGCUUCCUGUUCUAUCACGUUGCAUCAAACAUGACCCUACGCAGAUUGCAACACUUUGUAGCUGACUUGCCAGAAAACACUCAGUGGCUUUUCAAGGCUGCAUGGAUUCUAGCUCUCUCAUAUUUUAUAGCUUAUUUGGAGACUAUAGCUAUUUCCAAUUUCCCUUACUAUUCGUUUGUGGACCGAGCAUCCAUGUACACAGUGGGCUCCUUGUUUUAUGCAAUUUAUUUCCUUGUAAGCUUCCCUAUGUUUUUGAGAAUUGACGAGAAACUCGGGGACCUGUGGGACCUACCGAGGGUAGCAAUUGAUGCAUUGGGUGCAGCAAUGCUUGUGACAAUAAUACUAGACUUGUGGAGGAUAUUUUUGGGUCCGAUUGUUCCUAUUCAAGAUACAAAACAAUGUCCUCAACCCGGAUUGCCAUGGUUUUCGGUUGAUUCUUAACCUUAUCUUGACCUUUCCUUAUCCUCCAUAAAGAGAAAGAGGUAAGAAGCUCAUGAGUUUUAAUGGUAACAAAAGUCUCAAGCUCCCCUCUUGUUUAUUUUGUAAAACUUGUAAUAUCUAUUUGUACCAAUUUAUCUCAAUUCCUUUGUUAGUAUUUUAUUUUUGUGACCAUUAUUUGUUACUUACUCUAAAAGAUUUUGGCUUGAUUAAUUUUUAUACUGGGCAUAGUUCUAGCUUAAA